ACGAAACCACUCGUAACGGUAGCGCUUCUCUCUGCUCGCCGAGUUUACCUCAACAACAAUAAUUCUUCCUUCAAUUCAAUCGAGAUUUUCACUUCCUUCAUUUCACAAUCAACGCUGGAUCGAUAAUCUCUGAUUAGGCUUUUUCCGUUCUUGUAAUUUUCCCCAAUUUGGUUUGAAUUUUUUGUAUUCACGUGUUUCGUGUUCCGAUUCAUGCGCUUUUGGAUACAAAUUCAUUGUUAUAUAGCUUGAUUCACGCUUCAUUCAAUUUAAUCGGAUUUUUCUUCAUUACAACAAUCAAUCAUCAUUACUCAGGCUGUAGAAGUGUUGAAUUGAUAUGGAACAGAUCUGGUUGGAGAAGAGAGGGGUUCGAAUUCGGAGUGUUUAGCUAGUUUUGAAUGUUUUCUAAACAUUGUGAGAGCACUAGGAAUGUCAAUUUCUUCUUUAUUCAUGUUCUUGAUUUGAUUCUGUUGGAGUAAUGAAAGGAUUAUUUCUUCUCAUGAGAGUGGUAGAGUUAUUUUCUUGUUGGAUACUGAUCAAUCUUCUCAUAGCAACAAGGUUGAAGAAGUUGUGAAGAUGAUGGAAAUUGAGUUUGGAAGUGGAUGGAUAGCUCAUCAGCACUGUAAGGACGGUAAGGUUGGUGUGAUCAGAAAUCUGGUCCACUCAUCCCCCAAUAUAAAGAAAGAAGUUAUUCUUGUUGGAGCCUUGCAACCUGUUAUUGGAUUACUUAGCUCCUGUUGCUCAAAAAGUCAGAGAGAAGCAGCAUUGUUACUUGGACAGUUUGCAGUGACCGAUUCAGACUGCAAGGUUCACAUUGUACAAAGAGGUGUUGUAUGGCCUUCGAUAGAUAUGCUUCAGUCUCCCGAUGUUCAGCUCAAAGAAAUGUCUGCGUUUGCAUUGGGAAGAUUGGCACAGGACACACAUAACCAAGCUGGUAUUGAACACACUGGCGGCUUAAUGCCAUUGCUGAAGCUUCUUGACUCAAAAAAUGGGUCUUUGCAACAUAAUGCUGCUUUUGCUCUUUAUGGCCUUGCAGAGAAUGAGGAUAAUGUGCCCGACUUUAUUAGAGUAGGUGGAAUUAAGAGACUCCAGGAUGGAGAGUUUACUGACAAUUGUUUGUAGGUUAUGUUGGUGUUUGAAUUUUUAAACUCAACCAUAUACUCAGGGUCUACUAGAAGUGAAUCAACCUAGUUUGACAAGUUACAAAAGUUCCUUGAUAAGCGUAGCUUAUUGUUUUGCAGAAGUCUCUUCAAAGUUUUAUUAACCAAUGCUAAUCUUUAAGUUUGUUUUGUUCAUUUUGUAUUUUGAAUUUCAAUUAUAUGUAAACUAUCUAAUACUAUUGGAAUUAUAUGCAUGUUUUUGAGUAAUUUGGAUGGAUGGUCAGGUCACCAUAAGCCAAUUUUAUGUAAUGGAUAAACUAACUCAUGCUCAUGAGAGAUACAAACUUUAUUGAUUCCUUGCUUGGUAACAACUAUGACUUACAUUCAAUUUGGAAGCAAUGCAUGAAUCAAAUCCCAUGACCAACACACCGAUUCAAAUUUGGUUGAGAUAUUGAAAGCAAAAACUAGCAAAGGCAAUGCAAAGAAGAGGUUGAAGAAUACGAAUACUGGAAGCUCAAGUCUUGUAUAUGCCUUUGGAGGUUAAGAACUUGGAUGGUUCUUCGUAUAAUCCUACUAAUUUUUUCAAGUAUGCCUUUGACUUUUAUAUUAUUCUUUACUUUCAACAUGCAUAUCAGCUAAUGAAAAUUAAUGAAGGGAAGCUAAUAUGUUGGGGUUCGAUAAUGGAUUAAGAGCCUAAAAGAUGGAGGUUUCUAGGAAUAAAUUGAGACAAAGCUCAAGGAACCAGCAUUGUAAAAAGUUCAAUUUUUAUGGUUUGAGUUGAAUGUGUAAGGUUGUGGGAGCAUUCCUUGUAUAGUUGUUGUAAGAGUUCAAGUCUUCAACUAUUGUAUGUUCACUAUUUAGAUUUGUGAGAUAUUUUUGUUUUGAGAAUUUGGAUGUAAAUGUUUCAAGAACGUAGUAUAUGUACUAAAACCACUUAUGGUGUAUAUGAAUCAAAUUUUUGUAUUUUGUUGAUUAUAAAAAAAAAUUAAUUUUUUUUUU